GUCUGUUGUGAUACCAAGCUCAACCUUGAAUAAUAACGGAAACAUUGACCCCCGAUAUUGUUUUCUCUUUGUAGGAUGACUACAUCAAAACCCUGGACGAGACCACUGGCUCAGACGAAACCCUGGACACCACCAAGGACCCGUGUCAGAAGGUGCGAUGCAGCCGCCACAAGGUGUGUGUGGCCCAGGGCUACCAGCGGGCCAUGUGCGUCAACCGGAAGAAGUUGGAGAACAGAGCCAGGCUGCCGGAGCCACUGAAGACCCGGGACAGCAGCUGCAAGCCCUGUCCUGUGACCGCGUCCUCUCCCGUGUGUGGCUCGGACGGACACAACUAUGCCUCAGAGUGUAAGUUGCAGCAGCAGGCGUGUCUGUCAGGCAAGGAGCUGAGCAUCAAGUGUGCCGGCUUUUGCCCUUGCUCUACACCCUCUGUGCCGUUCACCAACACCGAGACGAAACACGAGACGUGCACCGGCCAGGACUUGGCGGAUUUGGGCGACCGCCUGAGAGACUGGUUCCAGCUUCUCCAUGGCAACGCCAAGCAGAACAACUCGGGCAAACCGGGCACUGGCACCGCCUCAGCGCUGGACAAGAGCCUGGUGGCCAGCUGCAAGGACUCCAUUGGCUGGAUGUUCUCCAAGUUGGACAGCAACGGCGACCUCUAUCUAGACCACGGCGAGAUGGCCGCCAUUAACCUGGACAAGUACGAAGUGUGCAUCCGACCCUUCUUCAACUCCUGCGACAGCUUCAAGGACGGCAAGGUCUCCACGGCCGAAUGGUGCUUCUGCUUCUGGCGGGAAAAGCCCCCCUGUCUCGCUGAGCUGGAGAAGAUCCAGGUUCAAGAAGUGGCCAAGAAGAAGCCAGGCAUGUACAUCCCCAGCUGUGACGAGGACGGCUACUACAGGAAGCUGCAGUGCGACCAGGGCCGGGGCGAGUGCUGGUGUGUGGACCCCCAGGGAGGGGAGAUGGCGGGCUCUCGCAUCCACGGCAACCCCGACUGUGACGAGGUGGUGGGACACUCCGGUGACUUCGGCAGCGGCGUGGGAUGGGAGGACGAGGAGGAGAAAGAAGCGGAUGAGAACGGAGAAGAGGAGGAGGAGGAGGAAGAGGAGGAGGGAGAGGCCGACGAUGGAGGAUACAUCUGGUAGAAUGGUAUAGCAGACACUCUCUCGCACUCUCUCUCACUCUCUCUCACUCGCUCUCUCUAUCUCUCUCCCCUCACAAAGAAAUGAAAAGGAUUCUGGGGGUUGUCUUGGAGUGAGACGUGUGGAAGGCAUGGAAACGUAUAAUGACCUCUUGGCACCCCCCCUCCCUCCCCUUCCUCCCCUCCAGUGAUGACAUGACCUGUUCUUUUUAUGUCUUGUGUAGUGCUGCUUCAUUAUCCUUUCAUGAUCAACAGAUCUUUAUGUUUUUUCGCAGACCCAGGGGGUGGGAGGGCGGGGGGUGGGGUGGGGGACCCUUGAUCGUUGCACCGUAGCUAUAGAAGAAAAAUCGACUAUUCAUCUAAAGAUCCUACCUGUCAUCUAUGCAUAUAGAGAUUUUGUUUUUACAUUGUGAAUAAGUGCUUGAUUGCUGUAAGGAGCACCGCUGUCCCCCAUUUAGAACGACUAGAGAUUGAGAACAUGUUAAAAGUUUCAGUGCAAUGCGUACGUUAUGUUCCUUCAUGACGUCUUCUGUAAAUAAGUCUUGGCGUCGAUGAUCUCGGGUGGGCUAGUCCCAGGCGGCUCUUAUCUGGCAUUAUAUCCGACUAGCGUUCAAGAUGUAUCAAUAAUAUACACAGUUACCUUCAAAAUGUACAUGCUUUAUCGACCACGUGGGUAGACGGAAAUAUCUGAGAUUGGUUUUCUGUGAAAUACGUUUUUUGACUACUUCUGAAAUCGUACCUUUUUGUUGCAAAUUGCUCCGGCAAAUCACUAUCUUCCUCACCGCUUAUUCUUCGAGCAGAACGUGCCACCCCAUGUUUUAUUUACUGACUAUUACGACUGAGCUUUUUGUGUUCAUUACUUGAAUUUUCACUCUUCAGUUGUUUUCCUUUUACUAUAAGAAAAUUGCUACCAUUUCUUUCUUCUUGCUAUUGAUAGGAAAGACAUUGUUUUUAGUAUUGCAUGUUAGUGAACAAGAAUGUACUGCUAGGCUGAGCACUUUAAUAUUAAAGGCACUGGGGCCAA